CUUGAUGUAAUUCUUAUGGCUACUCAAAAUAAUUUGUUUUGGGCCAUGUUGGCUUCUCAAUCAUUUUCGUUGGACGAGAUCUUAUAUAGAUAUAAUCUCUCUUAUGCAGAUCCGCAUUCAAGUGAUAUAAAUGGUUCUGUGGCAAAUAGGGAGACUGAAUUUGGCAGAAAACCAAGUUCAGAUGGUUAUCCGUCGUCACAAACCAGCUUGCCUGCACGAGUAGAUGCAGGAGAAAAUGAUGGGCCAUCUGUUGAGGGAAACCAUAAUAACACUGUAAGCCAGAAGAAUUUGACAAAUACGUUUCCCGUGGAAGAUAAAUGCGAGCUUCUCAGUGAAACAUAUAUAGAAGUCCCAGUUGUAGCUGAUUUAAACAGUGUUCCAACUAGCUCUCAGAAUAGUUUUAGCAUGCAACACGAAGAAUUUUCACCAGCACUGACUCAGCCAGCAAAGAAACAUGAGUUGGCAGAAGAGGUCCAUGGUUUGGCUGGGAAGCCCCAAGGAAAAAGAUUGGUCAAAUCUAAUCGGAGGGGCAGAGGAAGAGGUAAAUGACUGCGAUAUCAGAAUAUGUACAUUAUCAAUUUAGAUCGUACGCUAGAUUAGACAUGACGUUCCACUAGUAAUGUUGUAGACAUCGUUAGAUUAAUGCUACUUUAGGCUAUGAAUUAUAUCAUUUGUGUUGAAUUAAAGCAGAUUGUUUAAUUUCUAUUCAUAUCGCGGAACUUAGUACGAUAGCAUAAUUUAGACUUCCACAAUUCAUCUUGCUAAUAUUUGUUUCCAUGUAAUGCUUAGGUAGUUAGUUUAGUGACUUUCGAGUUUUUUUUU